AUGCUUCAAUCUCACUCCUUGAAAACGAUUUGUUCGGCUCCUCUCCGAGGGCAGUUUGAUUUUCUUCAGAAACGCAGGACCUUUUCGUCUCGCCCUCGAAGUGAAAGUGAGGAGGCAGAUCUUGAAGCUGCUCGCGCUUGGUUUCGUGAUUUCAAUCAGUCCACCAUACCAACAAGGAUCUCCACGACCACUGGCUCACGUCCAGGAGGCCCCGGUGGACAGCUCGCCAACAAUACAGAUUCGAAGGCAACGACUACCUGGGAGUUCGAUACCCUCACUCGCUAUGUUCCAAAGGUUCUUCACGAAGAGCUGCGGGGCAGCAGAUACUUCGCGAGAAGAUCCAACACUAUAUCCAUCCAAUGCGCCACUCACCGAAAUAAAACAAAGAAUACGAGUGAGACACACAAAAGACUCUUCGAAGAACUCUCCAGACUAUACAAGAAAACCGUCCCUGGUACCACAGAUCCGGAACAGAAAAAGAAAGUCGACGACUUGUAA